CGCGAGCUAAAGGCACGGCGGCUGGACCCGGCGCGGGCAGCGGAGGCCGGAGACCGCCCGGGGCGGCGUGCGCGCUUUGUUUCCGCGCGGGCGGCCGGCGGGCGGAGCGAGCGGCCGGAGACCCGCCCGGGGAUGGACCGGGCGGCCGCCCCGCGCGCCGCGGCCCCGCCUGGCGCCUGAGCGCGGUCGGCGCCAGAAGACAGCGCGCGGAUUGCCCCCAAGUUACGGAGGCAGGGACUGAGUUCGAAGGAAAAGCCACUUCAGGAACCGGGUCGCGAGAGUGCAAUCGCCUCCGGUCCACCGGACCUCUGGACCCAGACAGGAAGGAGAAGGCCACCGCGAUGCCCGACUCCCCGGCUGAGGUGAAGACGCAGCCCCGGGCCACGCCCCCCAGCAUGCCGCCCCCACCGCCUGCUGCAUCCCAAGGGGCCACACGACACCCCUCCUUCACGCCCCACACAAAUCGAGAGGACGGGCCUGCGAUGUCUCUGCCCCAUGGCCGUUUUCAUGGCUGCUUAAAAUGGUCUAUGGUCUGUCUCUUGAUGAACGGCAGCAGCCACUCGCCCACAGCCAUCGGAGGCGCCCCGUCCACGCCCAACGGCUUCAGCAAUGGCCCGGCCACCUCAUGCUCGGCCGCACUAUCCACGCAGCAGCUGCCCCCAGCCUGCGGGGCCCGGCAGCUCAGCAAGCUCAAGCGCUUCCUGGCCACCCUGCAGCAGUUCGGCAGCGACAUCUCCCCGGAGAUCGGGGAGCGCGUGCGCACGCUGGUGCUGGGGCUCGUGAACUCCACGCUGACCAUCGAGGAGUUCCACUCCAAGCUCCAGGAGGCCACCAACUUCCCACUGCGGCCAUUUGUCAUCCCUUUCCUGAAGGCUAACCUGCCCCUGCUGCAGCGGGAGCUCCUGCAUUGCGCCCGCCUUGCCAAGCAGAGCCCUGCACAGUACCUGGCCCAGCACGAGCAAGCCCUGCUGGAUGCUGACGCCUCUUCCCCUGUCGACUCCUCGGAGCUCCUGCUGGAGGUUAACGACAACGGCAAGAGGAGGACCCCUGACAGGACCAAAGAGAAUGGGUCAGACCGGGACCCACUGCACCCAGACCACCUCAGCAAACGGCCGUGCACACUGAGCCCCGCCCAGCGCUACAGCCCCAGCAACGGGCUGCCCCACCCACCACCGCCCCCACACUACCGCCUGGAGGACAUGGCCAUGGCCCACCACUUCCGGGACUCCUACCGCCACCUUGACCCCCGGGAGCUGCGGGAACGCCAUCGGCAGCUGGCAAUGCACGGAUCCAGGCCUGAGGAAGUGAUUGACCACAGGCUCACGGAGCGCGAGUGGGCGGAAGAGUGGAAGCACCUCAAUAACCUCCUGAACUGUAUCAUGGACAUGGCCGAGAAGACGCGGCGGUCACUGACCGUGCUGCGCCGCUGCCAGGAGGCCGACCGCGAGGAGCUCAACCACUGGAUCCGGCGCUGCAGCGACGCAGCAGAGGACGGCAAGAAGGGCCCUGGGCAGACCGCCCGGCCCCUCAGCAGCUCUGUGGGCACAGAGGGUGCUCAACUAGAUGUCCACCGGGACUUCAUGCCUCGGACCCUGUCUGGCUACAUGCCCGAGGAGAUCUGGAGGAAGGCAGAGGAGGCGGUGAACGAGGUGAAGCGGCAGGCAAUGUCAGAGCUGCAGAAAGCCGUGUCUGACGCUGAGCGCAAGGCCCACGAGCUCAUCAGCACAGAGCGUGCCAAGAUGGAGCGGGCCCUGGCCGAGGCGCGGCGGCAGGCAUCCGAGGACGCCCUCACUGUGGUCAACCAGCAGGAGGACUCCAGCGAGAGCUGCUGGAAUUGCGGGCGCAAGGCCAGUGAGACGUGCAGCGGCUGCAACGCGGCCCGCUACUGCGGCUCCUUCUGCCAGCACAAGGACUGGGAGAAGCACCACCAUGUGUGCGGACAGAGCCUGCAGGGCCCCACAGCCGCCGUGGCCGAGCCCGUGCCUGGACAGUCCGACACCGCCACGGGCCUGGGCCCCUGCCUGCCCCCGGCCGCUGCCAGCCCCAGCGAGGCGGGCUCCACUGGGCCUUCCCGCCCCGGCUCCCCUGGCCCACCCGGCCCCCUGGACGCAGCGCCCCGCUGACCCGCCAGGACCUGAUGGCCAUCGAACUGCCCAGCCCCGCCCGGCCCGCAGGACGCGCACCCAGCCCUGGGAGCCGACUAUGGGAGUCACCGCUGCUACUGCUUCUCUCCAAAAGAAAACAGAACCAACAAGACUGCAUCCACACGACUUCCUCAGCUACCUGACGAUCACACCUCGACCUCUUCCAAAUCCUCAGAAGCCCCCUGCUGAACUUUAGGCGGCGGAUGGACGCCGGCCAGAGGUGACCAGCUCGUCCACAACCGCCUCUCUUUCCCUGUCUCGCUCUCUGUCUUGUUUUGCUCUCUUUAUGACUUUCACAUACUUUCUCUUCAAUGAAAAAAUCGAAUUGUUUGGUGGCUUAUAUUUUCAUUGAAGAAUUUUGGGGGACUUUGUGGCAAGAGAGCUACUCGGAAAUGGACAAAGAAAACUGGGGUUUUCUCCCCUUGCCUGAUUCAAAAGGGAAAAGGAAAACUGUUCUUUCAUAGCCGGAGAUCCGAGCCGCCAGUUCACAGAAACCACCUCAGGGGUGUGUGGCCAGUGCGGUGAGGGUGGUGAGAAAGAUGUCAGACUCAAGUCGUAAUUUUUCAUUUCAGAUUUUUUUCUCCUUUAAUGUCAAAUUCUUUGGCUUUAAGUAGAAAUCCAAAAAGUUUUUUUAAAAAAGAAAAAAAGGUAAAGGAAGCGUGCUGCAGUCCAUGGGGUCGCAAAGAGUCGGACACGACUGAGCGACGGAAUGAACUGAACUGAAAGGAAGCAUACCUGUAAACUACCUUGCCAGCUAGCUAGCCAAGGACGCCGGACACACCUCUGCUCCAAAGGAAAUCCAAAAAGCAUACACAAGAAGUCAGAAUCCAAAAUUUCGUUGUCACUGCCAAAGGAUGUUUUUCACUGUUUUCCUCCACGCCUGGGCUUGUUCCAAUGUCCGUCUUUUCUCUUGCUUUGAUUCUGUUUGGGGGGCGAUGGGGUAUUGGGAUUUGGAGUGUUUUGUCCAACAGGAAGCAACUUGUUUCUUUUCAACUCCAUGGCAGCGCCUCCGCUGGGGCCAGGUGGGGUGGGCAGUGAGGCCCUCGGCACCCACACAUGUGUGCAAGUGUGUGUGUGGAUGUGCACUGGGACGCACCCAGCAUGUAUCUGCACACACUCAGGAAGGGUAUCUUGUCCGUCCUCACACCCUCUGUGAAUUUCCAUCACAUUUCAUCCUUUCCACUUGUGAAAAAAGUGCUAUGUGUCCUUCCGAGAAAGAAUAUAAUUCCGAGACAAAACUGUGACAAUCUUUCGGGUUGAUUCUCGACUGCUUUUCUGAGCGCGAGGAGAUAGCCACCACGCCUUCCGCUGCUGCUUCUCCUCGCCCUCCUCUACCUCUGCUGCCCGCUACACGAGCCUGCCACCCAGCCCGUCUCUCCAUCCCAGCCCCCGUGUUUCCUGCAGCCCCUCUCUUGUCUUCACACUUUUGCAGAAAAAGGGAAAAAAAACCACAAAGAAAAGCAAUUUGCCCUCCCUGCACCUUCUGGAGACUUGACCAGCUGUAUAUAACCCUACAUUUUUGUCCAGCUCUUCCUCAGGGGAUGGUCUCUCUGAAGUCCCCACCCCAUGCCUCACCCUGACCCCCAUCCCACUCGCUCCCCCAGCGAUCUCAAGGAGGAAAUAAAGAAAUAAGGAAAUUCUGAUCUGUACUCAGUGGGAGAACAAACAGCAGACACGGUCUCUGAUCGGGGUUUUACUGCAUGGCUGUAAGAAGUUCCAGGACUGGAGUGCAAUAGUGACCAGCUACUGAAACCCAGAGCCCAGGGGCCUGCCGAGAGGCAAGAAGUCAAUGGUAUAUGAUAAUGUGUAUGUAUAUAGUCCUUGCAGAGGUCCAAAUGAUGAUAUUCAUGAUGAUGAUAAUAAAGAAGAAAUGUUUGCCAAAUAAAAAAUUAAGAGAAA